GUGCUUUUGCAAAGCCCAUAUCUGGGGUGGCUUAAAUAAUCAUGCUCCUCCCUCGUCCCCCGACCUGAUUUUUGUAGUUGGAAACUCCAGGGCUGGCUGCCUGUAGUCUUUGUGACUACACUUCCUGCCACCCAUCACUUCAUCUCAGAAGACUCCAGAUAUAGGAUCACUCCAUGCCAUCAAGAAAGUUGAUGCUAUUGGGCCCAUCUCCAGCUGAUCUUGGCACCUCUCAUGCUCUGCUCUCUUCAACCAGACCUCUACAUUCCAUUUUGGAAGAAGACUAAAAAUGGUGUUUCCAAUGUGGACACUGAAGAGACAAAUUCUUAUCCUUUUUAACAUAAUCCUAAUUUCCAAACUCCUUGGGGCUAGAUGGUUUCCUAAAACUCUGCCCUGUGAUGUCACUCUGGAUGUUCCAAAGAACCAUGUGAUCGUGGACUGCACAGACAAGCAUUUGACAGAAAUUCCUGGAGGUAUUCCCACGAACACCACGAACCUCACCCUCACCAUUAACCACAUACCAGACAUCUCCCCAGCGUCCUUUCACAGACUGGACCAUCUGGUAGAGAUCGAUUUCAGAUGCAACUGUGUACCUAUUCCACUGGGGUCAAAAAACAACAUGUGCAUCAAGAGGCUGCAGAUUAAACCCAGAAGCUUUAGUGGACUCGCUUAUUUAAAAUCCCUUUACCUGGAUGGAAACCAGCUUCUAGAGAUACCGCAGGGCCUUCCGCCUAGCUUACAGCUUCUCAGCCUUGAGGCCAACAACAUCUUUUCCAUCAGAAAAGAGAAUCUAACAGAACUGGCCAACAUAGAAAUACUCUACCUAGGCCAAAACUGUUAUUAUCGAAAUCCUUGUUAUGUUUCAUAUUCAAUAGAAAAAGAUGCCUUCCUAAACUUGACAAAGUUAAAAGUGCUCUCCCUGAAAGAUAACAAUGUCACAACCGUCCCUACUGUUUUGCCAUCUACUUUAACAGAACUAUAUCUCUACAACAACAUGAUUGCAAAAAUCCAAGAAGAUGAUUUUAAUAACCUCAACCAAUUACAAAUUCUUGACCUAAGUGGAAAUUGCCCUCGUUGUUAUAAUGCCCCAUUUCCUUGUACGCCGUGUAAAAAUAAUUCUCCCCUACAGAUCCCUGUAAAUGCUUUUGAUGCGCUGACAGAAUUAAAAGUUUUACGUCUACACAGUAACUCUCUUCAGCAUGUGCCCCCAAGAUGGUUUAAGAACAUGAACAAACUCCAGGAACUAGAUCUGUCCCAAAACUUCUUGGCCAAAGAAAUUGGGGAUGCUAAAUUUCUGCAUUUUCUCCCCAACCUCAUCCAAUUGGAUCUGUCUUUCAAUUUUGAACUUCAGGUCUAUCGUGCAUCUAUGAAUCUAUCACAAGCAUUUUCUUCACUGAAAAGCCUGAAAAUUCUGCGGAUCAGAGGAUAUGUCUUUAAAGAGUUGAAAAGCUUUAACCUCUCGCCAUUACAUAAUCUUCAAAAUCUUGAAGUUCUUGAUCUUGGCACUAACUUUAUAAAAAUUGCUAACCUCAGCAUGUUUAAACAAUUUAAAAGAUUGAAAGUCAUAGAUCUUUCAGUGAAUAAAAUAUCACCUUCAGGAGAUCCAAGUGAAGUUGGCUUCUGCUCAAAUGCCAGAACUUCUGUAGAAAGUUAUGAACCCCAGGUCCUGGAACAAUUACAUUAUUUCAGAUAUGAUAAGUAUGCAAGGAGUUGCAGGUUCAAAAACAAAGAGGCUUCUUUCAUGUCUGUUAAUGAAAGCUGCUACAAGUAUGGGCAGACCUUGGAUCUAAGUAAAAAUAGUAUAUUUUUUGUCAAGUCCUCUGAUUUUCAGCAUCUUUCUUUCCUCAAAUGCCUGAACUUGUCAGGAAAUCUCAUUAGCCAAACUCUUAAUGGCAGUGAAUUCCAACCUUUAGCAGAGCUGAGAUAUUUGGACUUCUCCAACAACCGGCUUGAUUUACUCCAUUCAACAGCAUUUGAAGAGCUUCACAAACUGGAAGUUCUGGAUAUAAGCAGUAAUAGCCAUUAUUUUCAAUCAGAAGGAAUUACUCAUAUGCUAAACUUUACCAAGAACCUAAAGGUUCUGCAGAAACUGAUGAUGAACGACAAUGACAUCUCUUCCUCCACCAGCAGGACCAUGGAGAGUGAGUCUCUUAGAACUCUGGAAUUCAGAGGAAAUCACUUAGAUGUUUUAUGGAGAGAUGGUGAUAACAGAUACUUACAAUUAUUCAAGAAUCUGCUAAAAUUAGAGGAAUUAGACAUCUCUAAAAAUUCCCUAAGUUUCUUGCCUUCUGGAGUUUUUGAUGGUAUGCCUCCAAAUCUAAAGAAUCUCUCUUUGGCCAAAAAUGGGCUCAAAUCUUUCAUUUGGAGGAAACUCCAGUGUCUAAAGAACCUGGAAACUUUGGACCUCAGCCACAACCAACUGACCACUGUCCCUGAGAGAUUAUCCAACUGUUCCAGAAGCCUCAAGAAUCUGAUUCUUAAGAAUAAUCAAAUCAGGAGUCUGACGAAGUAUUUUCUACAAGAUGCCUUCCAGUUGCGAUAUCUGGAUCUCAGCUCAAAUAAAAUCCAGAUGAUCCAAAAGACCAGCUUCCCAGAAAAUGUCCUCAACAAUCUGAAGAUGUUGCUUUUGCAUCAUAAUCGGUUUCUGUGCACCUGUGAUGCUGUGUGGUUUGUCUGGUGGGUUAACCAUACGGAGGUGACUAUUCCUUACCUGGCCACAGAUGUGACUUGUGUGGGGCCAGGAGCACACAAGGGCCAGAGUGUGGUCUCCCUGGAUCUGUAUACCUGUGAGUUAGAUCUGACUAACCUGAUUCUGUUCUCACUUUCCAUAUCUGUAUCUCUCUUUCUCAUGGUGAUGAUGACAGCAAGUCACCUCUAUUUCUGGGAUGUGUGGUAUAUUUACCAUUUCUGUAAGGCCAAGAUAAAGGGGUAUCAGCGUCUAAUAUCACCAGACUGUUGCUAUGAUGCUUUUAUUGUGUAUGACACUAAAGACCCAGCUGUGACAGAGUGGGUUUUGGCUGAGCUGGUGGCCAAACUGGAAGACCCAAGAGAGAAACAUUUUAAUUUAUGUCUCGAGGAAAGGGACUGGUUACCAGGGCAGCCAGUUCUGGAAAACCUUUCCCAGAGCAUACAGCUUAGCAAAAAGACAGUGUUUGUGAUGACAGACAAGUAUGCAAAGACUGAAAACUUUAAGAUAGCAUUUUACUUGUCCCAUCAGAGGCUCAUGGAUGAAAAAGUUGAUGUGAUUAUCUUGAUAUUUCUUGAGAAGCCCUUUCAGAAGUCCAAGUUCCUCCAGCUCCGGAAAAGGCUCUGUGGGAGUUCUGUCCUUGAGUGGCCAACAAACCCGCAAGCUCACCCAUACUUCUGGCAGUGUCUAAAGAACGCCCUGGCCACGGACAAUCAUGUGGCCUAUAGUCAGGUGUUCAAGGAAAUGGUCUAGCCCUUCUUUGCAAAACACAACUGCCUAGCUUACCAAGGAGAGGCCUGGCUGUUUAAAUUGUUUUCAUAUAUAUCACACCAAAAGCGUGUUUUGAAAUUCUUCAAGAAAUGAGAUUGCCCAUAUUUCAGGCGAGUCACCAACGUCUGUCACAGGAGUUGGAAAGAUGGGGUUUACAUAAUGCAUCAAGUCUUCUUUCUUAUCUCUCUGUGUCUCUAUUUGCACUUGAGUCUCUCACCUCAGCUCUUGUAAAACAGUGGCAAGUAAAAAACAUGGGGCUCUGAUUCUCCUGUAAUUGUGAUGAUUAAAUAUACACACAAUCAUGACAUUGAGAAGAACUGCAUUUCUACCCUUAAAAAGUACUGGUACAUACAGAAAUAGGGUUAAAAAAAAAAAGCUCAAGCUCCCUCUGUAUGAGACCAAAAUGUACUAGAGUUAGUUUAGUGAAAUAAAAAACCAGUCAACUGGCCGGGCAUGGUGGCUCAUGCUUGUAAUCCCAGCACUUUGGGAGGCCAAGGCGGGUGGAUCAAGAGGUCAGGAGUUUGAGACCAGUCUGGCCAACGUGGUGAAACCCCGUCUCUACUAAAAAUACAAAAAUUAGCUGGGUGUGGUGGCAGGUGCCUGUAAUCCCAGCUACUUGGGAGGCUGAGGCAGAAGAAUCGCUUGAACCCAGGAGGUGGAGGUGUCAGUAAGCCGAGAUCACGCCACUGCAAUGCAGCCUGGGCCACAGAGCUAGACUGUCUCAAAAAAACAAAAAAACAAAAAACAAAAAACAAAAACACAAAAAAACCCAGUCAGCUUCUUAACCAAUUGCUUCCGUGUCAUCCAGGGCCCCGUUCUGUGCAGAUCGAGUGUGGGCACCACACAGGUGGUUGCUGCUUCAGUGCUUCCUGCUCUUUUCCCUUGGGCCUGCUCCUGGGUUCCAUGGGGAAACAGUGAGAAAGAAAGACACAUCCUUACCAUAAAUGGAUAUGGUCCACCUACAAAUAGAAAAAUAUUUAAAUGAUCUGCCUUUAUACAAAGUGAUAUUCUCUACCUUUGAUAAUUUACCUGCUUAAAUGUUUUUAUCUGCACUGCAAAGUACUGUAUCCAAAGUAAAAUUUCCUCAUCCAAUAUCUUUCAAACUGUUUUGUUAACUAAUGCCGUAUAUUUGUAAGUAUCUGCACACUUGAUACAGCAACGUUAGAUGGUUUUGAUGGUAAACCCUAAAGGAGGACUCCAAGAGUGUGUAUUUAUUUAUAGUUUUAUCAGAGAUGACAAUUAUUUGAAUGCCAAUUAUAUGGAUUCCUUUCACUUUUUGCUGGAGGGUGGGAGAAGAAACCAAAGUUUAUAGACCUUCACAUUGAGAAAGCUUCAGUUUUGAACUUCAGCUAUCAGAUUCAAAAACAACAGAAAGAACCAAGACAUUCUUAAGAUGCCUGUACUUUCAACUGGGUAUAAAUUCAUGAGUUCAAAGAUUGAAACCUGACCAAUUUGCUUUAUUUCAUGGAAGAAGUGAUCUACAAAGGUGUUUGUGCCAUUUGGAAAACAGCAUGCAUGUGUUCAAGCCUUAGAUUGGAGAUGUCGUAUUUUCCUCAUAUGUGGCAAUGCCAAAGGCUUUACUUUACCUGUGAGUACACACUAUAUGAAUUCUUUCCAAAGGACAUUUAAUCAAUAAGGGUCACAAAUUCCCAAAUCAAUCUCUGGAAUAAAUAGAGAGGUAAUUAAAUUGCUGGAGUCAACUAUUUCACAACUUCUGUAAGCUUUAUUGUGUUUCAUAGUUUCCGUUCUUCUUCCGUGAGAUCAAGGAUAAUGGCAUUAAAAAAUCAGCUUUUGGUCAUUAUAAAUUGUCUUCUAUUAAAACACAUAUACACAUAAAAUCACUUGAAGACAAUUUAAACAUCUUCUGAAAUGGAUCAAGAGGAAGGGAAACUGAAAAUAAUGCAACUCAGAAACCACAGAGUAUUUUGACAUGAGGUUAAGUACAGUGGUUUGUUGUAGGAAAAUAACAGCACACCAACAGAUGGUUUUUAUCUGAAUUCUUUGGUAAUCUUGACAUGUCAUUCUUCUAACUUUCUGAGGGCCCUCAGUGCAGUUUUGUAGGACUGGAGCUGUUCACAGACGGUCCCCACAAAGCUCUGAACGUGGGGCUUCUCUGCUGACUGGCCUCUGGUUGGCUCCGCCCCAGAAGGAACUCCCAGAUUCUCCAUGAAUUCCGCUUCCACCAUCAAGCCUUGGUCCAAGCCCCUUUCAACCUUGACUUGGCCAGGGAGUGUCCUUUCUCUUCAGAUAGAUACUACACCUUAGCAAGACUUGGCAUUUUUAGAAUCCAAGCCAAGGGAGGCACUUGGCAGGGCAAAUGUUAUGGAUGAGAAA